CAUUGCCCAUCUCGGAGUAUGGAUACAUGUACCUGAGUCACGCAGUACCGUGUUUGUGCAAGCAAUCUGCACCAUCGAGUUGCAAUGGUCAUACGAAAAAGAAAAACAAGAAAGAAGAAAAGAGAAGGUCCAGCAAACAUCAAAUGACACGCAUGCUUCUCCUCCACCAAAUGAAAAAUGUCUUGGCAAAUCACCAACCACCAUCAAUCUUGCUUUGAAGCAAACAUGGGUAACCAGCAUCCAGUACCACCAAUCGCAUUUGACAAAACCCAUCUCAUCAUUCCCUUUUGAUUUUUCCGAUGAGUGAGGGAAACUCGUAUCAACAGGAUAAUCCGAUCAUGAAACGUAAUUUGUUACUCUGCGUCGACGCCUUUGGCACGUUGUUCCGUCCUCGCAGUCCCAUUGCCGAGCAAUAUGGCAGUGUGGCUAGAAGUAUGGGAGUCACAAUCUCUGACGAUGAGGUUGCAAAGUCGUUCAAAACAGCAUUCAAAGAAGUCUCAAAAUCAUACUCAAACUACGGAAAAGCUACAGAUAUGGGAGCCAGACAAUGGUGGACAGAAGUUAUAACCAAAACAUUCCAACCACAUCACCCAGGCCCUCUACCUUCCUCUCUAACCCCUAAUCUGAUAAACCGCUUCUGGAGCAAAGAAGGCUAUACCGCAUUCCCAGACGUACUGUCAUACCUACGCAACCUCUCUUCCCAACCCUCCCGUUUGCCCUCAGCAUCUCCACGCUUGGUGGUAGGGGUAAUCACAAAUUCAGACGAUAGAGUGCCGGAUGUGCUAUCCUCUUUGGGUCUACGGGUAAACCAUCUCCGACACGGCUCAAAGAUCGAAAAGGAAGCAAUGCAAGAGCAACCCCAAACAGACAUCGAUUUCUGCAUCAUGAGCUACGACGUCGGCUGCGAGAAACCCUCAUCUGAAAUUUUCGACGCCGCCACUUCGAUGCUUGGAUCUAUACUCGCAGCAGAGGGUACCGAAUUCGAGAAACAGGAUUGGGAUUUACUAUAUGUAGGCGACGAGGUCAAAAAGGAUGCGCAAGGUGCGAUUCAAGCUGGUUGGGAUGCGGUCAUUGUGGAUAGAGGUGGUGAGAAGGAUUUAGCGUAUGAAGGUGAUGCGCCAGGAGUGGAAGGGUUUAUCGAAGUUGAGGGGAAACAGGUGGUGAUUUUGGAUAGUUUUGAGGCGUUGGGGUCGUUUGGGGGGUAUGGGUUGUUGGAGAUCGAGUAGUUGUGGUGUGUAUGGUUGCGAAGCAAGCCUUAUUUGAUUUGUUUGAUUUCAAACUAUGCGAUGAAGAGGUGAUUACAGCUUCCACACUCUGACACCAGCCCCCUCAAUCUCAGUCCCAUUACCACUACCGCUUCCUCCCAACACAACACUCCCAUUCACCUUUGGCGCCUUGAUCGUCUCAGCACCAUAAUUAAACGCCCACACCAAUCCACCUCUCUCAAGCACUCUCAAAUUCUCCCCCACAUCAUUCGCCUUACUAGCACUUCUUCCAAAAACAUCCUUGACUCCAGCCUUGGCCGCCGCGUCACCAAUAUAGCUGACCAAGAGAUCUGCUGGUGGGUUGAAAGCUAAAUAGUGGAUGUUGUUUGCCGAGCAAGCGGCGGGUUUGUUUUUU